AUGGCCCCUCCUAUCGAGCGGGACCCGGCCGUGCCGCUACUGCGCGCCCAUCUCACGCCGCUCCCGCCCUUGUCGGAGUCGACGGCGGCGCUCACCGACUUCGUGUCCCACCUCCUCCGGACCAGCGGACGGGAGGAGCCGAGGAUCGUGCUGAUCGGCGACGCGUCCCACGGGACGUCCGAGUUCUACGAGGCGCGGGCGGUGCUGACGCAGCACCUGAUCGAGCGCCACGGCUUCGCCGUCGUGGCCGUGGAGGCGGACUGGCCCGACGCCGAGGCCGUCGACCGGUACGUGCGGUACCGGCCCGAGCCCGGGCCCGGGUCCGGGCCCGCACUUGGGGCGAGCGAGGGAAAGGGGGCGGAGACGGAGGGGGAGACGCGCAAGGCCGGGCGCGAGCCCGCCUUCCUGCGGUUCCCGACCUGGAUGUGGCGCAACCAGGAGGUCCAGCGGUUCACCGAGUGGCUGCGCCGGCACAACCUCGGCCGGGACCCGCGGGCGCCCGACGCGGUCGGCUUCUACGGGCUGGACCUCUACUCGCUCCGCGCGUCCAUGAGGGCCGUGGUCGAGUACCUGGACCGCGUCGACCCGGCCAUGGCCGACGCCGCGCGCGAGCGCUACGCCCGCAUGAGCCUCUGGGCCGAGGACCCGCACGAGUACGGCCUCGAGGCCCUGGCCGCCGGCUUCCAGGGCUGCGAGAAGGACGUGAUGCGCGUGCUCCGGGACCUUCUGGCCAGGCGGCUCGAGUACGCGGCCGAGGGCCCUGACGGCGACGAAUUUCACAGCGGGGAGCAGAACGCCCGCGUGGUCAAGGAUGCCGAGCAGUACUACAAGGCCAUGUAUUACGGCCGCGACGAGUCCUGGAACCUGCGGGACCGCCACAUGUUCGAGACGCUCGUGCGCGUGCUCAAGCAUAGGAGCCGGGACGGGCGGCCGGCCAAGGCGGUGGUGUGGGCGCACAACAGUCACCUUGGGGACGCGCGGGCGACGAGCAUGGGGUGGUCGCGCGACGAGCUCAACGUGGGCCAGCUCUGCCGGGAGGCCGGCGGGGGGUUGGUGCUCAGCAUCGGCUGCAGCGGGAACACGGGCACCGUCGCCGCCGCCCGGCGGUGGGACGGCGACAUGGAGGUGAUGCAGGUCCGCCCGGGUCUUCCGGGAAGCUACGAGGAGCUCCUGCACGCGACCGGGAUCGAGCGGUUCGCCCUGGACCUGCGCCGCGGCCACUGCGACGACGAGCUGCGCGAGGCCCUGAUGCGCAAGCGCCUCGAGCGCUUCAUCGGCGUCAUCUACUCCCCCCGCACCGAGCGGCAGUCGCACUACUCCUCCGCCGUCCUGCCCGAGCAGUUCGACGCCCUCCUCUGGUUCGACAAGACCAGACACGUCGGCGCCCUCGAGGUCCACCAGCCACACGUGCCCCUCGAGUACGACGAGACCUGGCCGUUUGGCUUGUGA